AUGAGCAUAUUGCUAAAGUGGAUAGAAGGAAAGUGUUUUAUCAUAUUGAAGAACCCGGAUAAGUGCCCUAUUGCCACUUCAUCCAAAAGUCUAACCUGUUCGAGCUUGCACUUUAACAAAGAAUACCGAAAUUUAUUUAACACGAGUCAUUUUAAACUGAUUAAUUCCACUUAUUUUGGUCAAAGAGAUACACUAGCAUAUACAUUGACUCGAAAGCCAAUACAUAAAGCUUUUGUUGAUAUUUUGGGUCGUCAAAACGAAAAUGUGCUUCUCUUGUAUGUCUAUGCAAUGAAGAUUGCUUUGUCAAGCUUUUCGACAAAUUUUAUGAAUAUGUGGAACAACAAGAACCGUUUCAACAAGCUAUUUACAAACCUUUUAAAAACUUUACUUACUGUUCGUCUAGCUCCACAAAGAGAUGCAAAGCUUAAAAAAAUACAAAGGAAACAAGCAAAAGAAAAAAACAAAAAACCUCAAGUAACAAGUCAAAUGUGUAUAAGAAGAGACAACAAAUAUCUUGAAAAGGCACGGGCCGAUACUGAAAACUGCGACAAAUUGGAAAAUAUGUGCCAACAGCUGUCAAAUUCAAAUCAAUACAUACGAAACAAAAUUCGAACAAAAAUUGAGGAGGGGUACCAACAAAGACUGGAGACGAUUGCGGAAAAUGACUUCAAUGCCGAACAGCAGUUGUUAGAGAUGGAAGACGGGUCCCUUGAUGUCACAACCGAUGCAUCUAGAAGACGAAUAAGAUCACUAGUUUCGGUAAUGAGAAACGUUAUUUUUCAAAAUCAUGGGAAGACGAUGGAGCUUCAGACAUGUAUUCUUAUUUGCAAAUUUUUGAUGCCUUAUGUUCCCCCAAAAAAAGACUAG